AUGGACGAAUUGGCUCAGUCAUGGAGUCGGCUUAAGUUGUCAGAUAGAGAGGGACCAGGGUGUUGCUUGAUUGAUGAUGAUAGUAAGGAGAAGUUUUCCAUUACUACAAAGUUUUUGACAAAGCGAGCCAUUAACAUGGAGGUCAUAGCGAAGACGUUUAACCCGCUAUGGAGAGCCAAGAACGGUUUCAAGAUCCAGAGUUUUGGAGAUCAUAAAAUUCUUUUCACAUUUGAUAAUAGGGAGGAUGUGGAGAGAAUCUUAGAGGGAGAACCAUGGACUUUCGAUAAACACCUGGUGGCAAUGAGUCAAUAUGAUAAUGAGUCCUCGCUUCAAGAUUUAAGGUUUGAGAAGACGAAACUAUGGGUUCAAAUGCAUGGAAUUCCAAUGAAAUUUAUGACAUUAGAGGCUGCGAAGAAAAUUUGUAGUGUUUUGGGGGAUGUUUUCAUGCCGACGGAUCCAAAAAUAUUUGAUGGUGGUGAAGGAGGUAAGCAGGUGUGGAUAUCGUUCAAAUAUGAAAGGUUGCCAAAUAUGUGCUACUGGUGUGGACAACUAACUCAUGAUGACAAAGACUGUGAGUUGUGGAUUGACAAUGAAGGUACUCUUACUCCUGAGCAACGUGAAUUUGGUCCAUUUUUGAGAGCUCCACCAUUUGUUGCUAAGAAGAGGAGUUCAGGUACACCGGAAGACAUUGAUUCAGGCCAGACCUCUGAUUCUAGUGGAGAAAGUGUACCGGAGCAGCCACAUGGAGUAAUAGCUAGCAUUAAUAUCAGCUUUGAAGACGAGGAAAUAAUUGGAUCAUUAAGGCGUAAUGAAGGGGAUGGGAUUUAUAUGGAAGAUCUGGUCAAUCAAAAUGGAAUUAUGGAAAUAAUUAUUGAGGAUUUGAAGACUCCUAAGGAAACCAAAAUUGCUGGUGAGGGAAGUAAUGAGGAGCUAAGUCUGGCUUAG